UCUCUGUCUACUCAGGUCUCACUCAAAAAAGUUUUCAGAUUUCUAGUUUAACUAAAAUCAUUCUCUUUUCCUGCAUUUGCUAGCAACUUAACAGAAAAUUUGAUGAUUGUUUGUUAUUUGUUAUUUACUUUUUGUUUGCUCUUUUUGAUGAUCCUGUAAUAUUUUAGAGAUCUUUUCUGCUCAAAAGUUGUAGUCUUUCUUUGGCGUUUUCUCAGUAACCAAACAUGGUUUAAUCCUGUUUAUGUUUUUUUUUUUCUUUGUAUGAUAAAUACGUAAUUUUUACAUGAUUAUGUUUUUGACAAAAAAAAAAAUCAUUCCUUUCGUCUUUUUCCUGCUUUUCCGAUUUGCUUUAUCUCUUCUCGGAUUUCUCUCUAGUGGGAAAGCAACAGUUUCGUACAAAUUUCAUUAUUGCUUUUUACCCUCCGUCUCUCUCUCUCUCUCUCCGAAACAGUUCGUUGACCGAACUCUAUGAUCUGUUUUGUUACUGGGAAAGCGGAUAAAAAAAAGAAAAGAAAAAUAUUCUACAUAACAUUCCAAGCUGUCAAGAGUAUGUCUUUCUGGGUUUCUUAAGAUUCCUGUACCGUGUCUUUGUGAGCAACCUUAUCAAAUUGGGUUUCUCUGAGUUUGUUUUGUUCGUGCUACUGGUUUCUAGUUAAGCUGAGGAGAAGCUGGUUUUGCUAUCGAACCACGGAAUACAUUUGACCAAGAUAAAAUGACCUCAUUUUUCUAUAUGGACUUGUAAAGUGGCUUGUGGUUUGAUGUGUUGGAAUCUUUGGUAUUUGGAUAGUCUAUUGCUCGGUUGACCAUUUGAGCAAACUCAGAAUUUCAUGUGAGAUCUGUUUGGCUAAAGGAGGAAUUUUAUCCUUUACUACGUCAGAUGUCUUCUUUGUGGAGCUGAGCAGAUGGGGGCUUGCGUUUCGACUAGUAGUCGGAGUACUCGUAGUAGCAGGAGCAAUGGAGAGACAGUUGCUCACUCAUUCUUGGGGAUUGGAUUUUGUGGGCAAAAGAGAACGAAGAAGACGUUCUCAGACCAUGUAUAUACUCUCCAGAAUUUACACUCCAUUCCCAACCGCAUUUUUACUAAUGGAAAGAGCCGAGCUUCUUGCAUAUUCACACAGCAGGGUCGCAAAGGCAUAAACCAGGAUGCUAUGGUUGUGUGGGAAGAUUUCAUGUCAGAAGAUGCGAUAUUUUGUGGCGUGUUUGACGGCCAUGGUCCACAUGGUCAUCUUGUUGCACGCAAAGUGAGGGAUGCAUUGCCAGUAAAGCUGCUAUCCUUCUUGCAUUCUUAUCAAUCAAGGUUAAAUGGGUCCAGUAAAACAUGUUUCAAAGGGAACCUAAAGAGAUCAGAUGGUGGAGAUUCUGAGAAGGAUGCUUCAGCUGAGGAAAAAUUAAAUGUAACAUGGAGAGAGGCUUUCCUGAAGUCAUACAAGGCCAUGGACAAGGAGCUGAGGUCCCAUCCUAAUUUGGAUUGCUUCUGCAGUGGUAGCACUGCUGUCACUCUAGUCAAACAGGGGUCAAAUCUUUUCAUGGGUUAUAUUGGGGAUUCCCGAGCAAUCCUGGGAUCAAAGGACAGUAGUGAUUCCAUGGUGGCAAUCCAAUUAACUGUUGAUUUAAAGCCUGAUCUGCCAAGGGAAGCUGAAAGAAUUAAACGGUGCAAGGGUAGGGUAUUUGCUUUGCAAGAUGAGCCUGAAGUGUCUCGAGUAUGGUUGCCGUUUGAUGAUGCCCCUGGGUUAGCAAUGGCUCGAGCCUUCGGUGAUUUCUGUUUAAAGGAUUAUGGAGUGAUCUCUAUACCAGAAUUCUCACACCGGAUACUUACUGAGAGAGAUCAGUUCAUCGUUCUUGCCUCAGAUGGGGUUUGGGAUGUCUUAAGCAAUGAAGAGGUUGUUGAGAUAGUGUCCUCAUCCCCGAGCCGGGCAUCAGCAGCAAGGAUUGUGGUUGACUCAGCUGCCCGUGAAUGGAAACUCAAAUACCCGACUUCAAAGAUGGAUGACUGUGCAGUUGUUUGCUUGUUUUUGGAUGGGAAAAUGGACUCUGAAUCUGAUUACGAGGAACAAGGCUUUUCAUCUGCAACACUUCAGAGCAAUCACUCCGGAAAUGCAGUUGAAUCAGAUGAUGGCCAGAAGUCAGAGCCAUCUCUGCAGAGGAAUUUCACAGUAAGAUCAUCUGAUGAAAGCGAUACUUAUGGACGACUACCGGUUGAGAUUGAAGGGAAUGAAGAAACAAUGGCAGCUGAAGACCAGAACUGGUCAGGUUUGGAAGGUGUCACGCGUGUGAACUCCCUUGUUCAACUUCCAAGAUUUUCAGAGGAAAGGCCUUAGAUUUUGUGAUUCAAGUAUAAAUGAAAUGGGCUAGCGUUUGUUGUACUAUGGGAUAUUUUUUUGCCUCUUUAAAAUCCAAACGAAAGAUGAUCUUUCUGGAUUGCCAUUUCCUCAGCAUUUUGUUGGAGGAACAAAAAAGUCAGGGAACAAUUCUCUUCAGGUAACUGAGGCAAUUUAGCUCUGUUUUUCUAAGUUUUAUGUAAAUUGUUUAGUCAAGCCCCAAUUUAGUCA